AUGCCCCAUCAUACGUUCCCUCUUCCUUCAGAACGAAAUAUUCACGCGGUAGUCAGAGGCAUACCCGCAAUGUUUUCGGAACAGGAGAUCAAAAGGGAAUUAGAACAGACGGGAUAUACUCCUCCCCACAUUAUACGACUCAAACGCAGUGGCGGCGCACCCAUGCCUUUGGUGGUCGUGAUACUGCCCAAGAUUGAAAACUCCAGCAGCUGUUCAAUGAACAUGAGCUGCUGGGUCUAG